AUGGCCAUCAGGCCUGCACUCAUCGUGGUCGAUUUGCAGAACGACUUCUGCCCACCCGAUGGUUCUCUGGCUGUCACAGGAGGCCGAGACAUUGUUCCACUGGUUAACCGCCUGCUCGCUUCCCCCAAGUUCGCCUUAAAGGUUGCCACUCAGGAUUGGCAUCCAAAAGACCACGUUUCAUUCGCCGCAAAUCAUGUUGCUCCGAACAACAGACCUUUCGAAUCUUUCAUAGACAUGAAGAACUUAGUAGCCAACAAGCCGGAGCAAACGAUGAAACAGCGACUGUGGCCGGUUCAUUGCGUGCAACAAACCAAUGGAGCUGAGAUCAUUGACGAGAUCGAUCUUUCCAAGAUCGACACCACGGUUAAAAAGGGCAUGGACUCCAGGGUCGAGAUGUACUCUGCCUUUUCCGACUCCUUUGGCAAUAUGACUGCGGGAGCGGGAGGUGUGAAUCUUGACCUUGCCGACCUCCUGAGGGCCAGGAAAAUCACCCACGUGUACGUUGUCGGUCUGGCUGGGGAUUAUUGCGUCAAGGACACUGCCCUGGGCUCCGCAAAAGCAGGCUUCACCACCUACGUGAUCGAGGAAGCUCAAAGAUGCGUAGACCCCACAGCCUGGCCGGACGUGAAAGCGGAGCUGUCGCAAGGCUCUGUCUCCCUGAUCAGCGUCGAAAGCGAUGAAGGCAAGCGCGUUCUGGAAGCAUGA